AACCAAACAAUGUCACAUUAUCGCUACUAGUUAUUCAUCAACGUCUCGCAAACGACAUGCAGACAGUCAACUCGAACCCAAAUCUAGCCGCGGUUUCGGACAUCAUUUCUGCAAUACAGAACCUGCUACAUUCACAAACAACUGUAAUACGCCAAAUGAUCUAUUUGUAUAUGAUAUCUGAAAAAUAGCAGAUGUUGGACCUCGACACCCCGUACUCCCGAGCCGCACUAUUGAAUCCUAAUCAAUGUGCUAUCGAGCUCGAAGACCAGAGCAUCAACGCCAUCAUCACUGAACGCAACACUGAACGCAACCAUCAAUUAGAUACAGUUCUGCACGAGAUCUCAGACCUGGAAGCGAUUAUGAAUGGUAUCCAAAACCUUUACCAACAACGCGUCGAAAAGAAGAACAAGAUGAUUCAGUCCAUGAAUCCGCACAUGAGACUUAAAUUGGCUCUGUGGCGCUUGCCAACUGAAAUCUUAUCCUACAUUUUCGUUUACUGUCUCCCGGAAGACAGAUACUUGUCGCCUGCAUCAAGACAGGCACCCAUACUGUUGACCAGAAUAUGCCGACGAUGGAGAGAAGUUGCUGUGGGCACGCCCAGCUUAUGGUGCAGGCUGUGGGUGGCAGUGGAGCAUAAUGACUGGCAAAAACGAGCCUUUUGCUAUGACGUGUGGCUCAAGCGAACCCUAGGCCAUCCAAUCUCGCUGGCACUCCACUGCUACAAUGAUUGGAACCCACUAGUACGAAGCCUUCUCCAUCCUUACAUCCAUCAAAUCUCUUCUCUCAAUAUCCUUUUUGGACAAGUCGAGCAACCUGAAUGCGUAUUCAAAGAUUUCUCAGCACUUCAGGAGCUCAUCAUUCCAAAUCAUACCACAUUCAAGCAACUAUGUUCCUUCACUCCCUUAUGGGCCCACUUAACAAAAGUCGAGAUCUCGGUAUAUAAACCAUAUGCAUUCCUCCGUCUGCUCAGUCUAUGUCCCAACCUCUCUUCAUUGACGAAUUACGCGAAAUCCCCCCAAAAGACGUCCUUGAGUCCAUUCACGCACCCCAAGCUUCAAUCUCUGCGUCUUUAUGGCGAUUCUUGGAGUUCCAGAGAACCAUUACAGAAUAUGUUCGAUGCUCUCUCACUCCCCAAUUUACGCGUACUUCAUGUUUGGAAUAUAAAAACCUGGCCUCAUGAAGAGUUCAAGACGUUUCUGAUCAGGUCGGCGUGUCCCCUGGAGAGCCUGGUUUUCGGCGGUACAGUGAUUAUGACUGCGGAGCAACAAGCGGAAUACGUCGCCCUUGUUCCUUUUCUCAAAGUAGUAGCUUGGAAUUCUAGUUGUGCUCUUAUACGUCACAAGUGAUUCAUGGCUCUUUAUGACGAGGAGUACCGUGAAGUGAUACAUACAUCGUCGGACACAUGCAAUGACAGAAAUCACGCAAUACACGCUCGGAAUAGCAUCAGUUUCAGCGAGCGCAGAAUUUGGAUAUAGGAUUGGUACUUCAACGUUGG